UUUAUUUACGCGUAGUUUAGGCAGCAUACAAAUCGUCGUUAUUCGUUCAGAUUUGAUAUAUAAAGCCUUGCCUUUUGCAGGGAAAUCCAAAUAACACAAAUGAGAUGAAAAGAACAGCCUGCUCUGGAUUUAAAUAGUAAAAGUAUGGUUUUUCUUUGUGAUCACGACCAAAGGCGGCUCUGUGGUAUUUAAAGAAUAUCGUCUUUGGUAAGAGGAUUUUGCGUGUUUCUUUUCUAUUUUUUAAUUAUAAAUAACAAAAAGAAAAGAAAGAUAUUUUGAAACUGGAAUUCGUAUAUUUGUGUGCGGGAGAGCGAGAAAGGGGUUAAAGAUCGAGUGCUGGGAGAGUAUUUCAGAAUGGAAGAAAAUGAUCAUAGCAACAGAGAUGCAGAGCGCCAGGAUUCCGGCGAUGAAUCCAACAGAGCCAUUCUUCCACUAUUACAAGCACCGGCUAACCUUCUUCCACACCGAAUUACCAACUUUUUCAUCGACAAUAUUCUACGACCUGACUUUGGACGCAGGAAAGAGGGGACCUUGAACCGUGAAUCAGGUAUUCGAAGAGGACGGGAGAAUCAUUCUUCGGGUUUAAGACUGGGUCAAGUGGAGGGGACUGUAGCAGAAGAAGGAACUUCGAACCCUAGUUCCAUUAAUGGAGCGAAGAAAUCAAGCAUUGCUGAGGAAGCGCCUCUGAAGCCCCGUGAAGAGAGUGGGGAUCAGUGCCUAAGCUCGGACUCGGAUAGUUCGCAAACCAACAACUCCCCCUCCUCACAGCCCAUGCUCUGGCCGGCCUGGGUGUAUUGUACCAGAUAUUCGGAUCGGCCAUCAUCAGGACCAAGAUCUCGCAAACCAAAGAAAAAAACACCAAGCAAAGAAGACAAGCGUCCUAGAACUGCCUUUACAGCCGAGCAACUUCAGAGACUGAAGGCAGAGUUUCAGACUAACCGAUAUCUUACAGAGCAACGACGGCAGAGUCUGGCACAAGAACUUGGUCUUAACGAAUCUCAGAUCAAAAUAUGGUUUCAAAACAAGAGGGCCAAGAUCAAGAAAGCCACCGGGGGCAAGAAUUCACUAGCAAUCCAACUGAUGGCACAGGGACUCUACAAUCAUGCCUCAAGUUCAAAAGAAGACAAAUCAGACAGUGAUUAAUGCCAGACAAAAAAAUUAAAUAAUAAAAUGCAAUAAUUUAAAGGGCCAGUGUACAAAAAUACCAGCGUUUAUGCGUUUGAAAUAUGUAUGGAGUACCUAUAAUUCUGCAAUAUUAUGUGUAUAUAGCUUAUAAUUUACAAGUAUGCUGUUGUAAAACAAACAAAAAACGUUUGCAAAUAUUGCUGUAUAAUUUUCUGAAACUUUUUGAACAAGCGCUUUUGAUUGGCACUUGACGUUGACACAUUACAGUAACUAUGAAAUUCAUGCUGAAGUCCAAAGAUUUUUUCUGCUGCAUUCGGGCAACUGUGAUUUAACUACAUGGCAGACGGCUUUGUUAAUGUUAUUUUAUUUCAGUGUUUCCGGUUCCUUGUUUUUAUUAUGAUUGAAUGUCAUUUCUCAAGAGCUGGUAUAUUUAUGUGGCAUUGAUAUGAAGUUUCCCACAAGCUGACAGCAUUGUUGUAUAGACUAGGGUAUUUAUGGGCCAGAGUUGUGGAAGUUGUCAUGCAGUACUCUAGGUUAGGUUAUAUGGAAAGCUGACAUAACUUUAUAACUCCCAAGGCAUCGAAUGCAUAAACUAAUAAAAUUCUGGUAAAACAUAUUUAUGACCUGUUGUAACUUGACGCACAUCUGGUGUAGAGUUCUAUUAGUAGAAAGAAUGUAAAAUUUCAUUUUAAACGUACGAUGCCAGAGGAGGCUUGUAUGAUAUAUGAUAUAGUUUUAUGAGAAAAAGCAAUAUUUUAACCUCUCUUAUAAAAAAUAAACAGGUUUAAGUUCAUAAUGUGCCGAAAUGUAGCUAAUGAUUUAAACUACCAAGUUAGAUAUUUGACUAUUGACCUGAACGCACCAGAAUAAAAAAUUAAGGACACAAACACACAACAUAUUGCAACAACGUAUUGCAAUUUUAAAUACUGAUACAUUUUUGACAUGCAUAUAAACUCUUGAUCCAACUGAUUAGGUCUACCGGUACUUCAGUGUUUUUUUAUUGUUUGAAACGCCGCCAAGAAAAAAAAUUCUGAUGCUCAGAUGUUGCUUUUUCAGAGAAGGAACGGAUGUGUUUACAUUGCUUAUUUAUCUCGCAAUAACUUCUUUUAUUGAUGAAAAAUGUGAGGCCUUUGCAUGAAAGCUGCAAUUAGUCAUAACCUACUUCACAAAACAAGGAAUGAGUGUGGCAUUCAGUUGCAGAUGGAAUCAGUGUUAUGCGAUGCUCAUGGUGUGCAGUGUGUUAAUUGAACAUUUUAAAAGUGUGUAUGAAUUGAGACUCACCAAACGAACACACUUUGCCUUAAGUUCUUUAAUGAACUUUCCUGUGAGAACUGUGGUCUAAAAAAAUCAUUUUUAAAAACCCCACCCUUUGUAUCAAUAAUGGGCCAUUGCCUUCAGUUCAUAACAGAAUACAAAAAAGAGAAACAAACCAUUUGAUGUGUAAUGUUUUUUAUUAUUAUUUCAAGUGGUUCUCUUUGAGGAAAGCAACUGUACAUAAUUUUAUAUAAUGUGUGUAUAAUUGCAGCCUGAGAACUGAAAAACGAGUAAAGAAAUAA